CCAUUGCAGCCAUGCCGGUGUCGGUGACCCGCACGACCGUCACGACCACCACGACCUCGUCUUCAGGCCUGGGCUCCCCAACCAUCCUGGGGUCCACUCGGGCCCUGACCCAGCCCCUGGGCCUGCUCCGCCUGCUCCAGCUGUUGUCCACCUGCGUGGCCUUCUCGCUGGUGGCCAGCGUGAAUGCGUGGGUGGGGUUCUCGGGUAACUGGUGCAUGUUUGCCUGGUGCUUCUGCUUCGCCGUGACCUUCCUCAUCAUCUUGGUGGAGUUAGGUGGGCUCCAGGCUCGCUUCCCACUGUCCUGGCGCAACUUCCCCAUCACCUAUGCCUGCUACGCCGCCCUCUUCUGCCUCUCGGCCUCCAUCAUCUACCCCACCACCUAUGUCCAGUUCCUGUCCCACGGCCGCUCGAGGGACCACGCCAUCGCCGCCACGGCCUUCUCCUGCAUCGCCUGUGUGGCCUAUGCCACCGAGGUGGCCUGGACCCGGGCCCGGCCCGGCGAGAUCACCGGCUACAUGGCCACGGUGCCGGGCCUGCUCAAGGUGGUGGAGACCUUCGUGGCCUGCAUCAUCUUCGCCUUCAUCAGCGACCCCUACCUGUACAAGCACAAGCCGGCGCUGGAGUGGUGCGUGUCGGUGUACGCCAUCUGCUUCGUCCUGGCCGCCGUGGCCAUCCUGCUGAACCUCUUCGACUGCACCAACGCGCUGCCCAUCCCCUUCCCCAGCUUCCUGUCGGGCCUGGCCCUGCUCUCUGUCCUCUUCUACGCCUCGGCCAUGGUCCUCUGGCCGCUCUACCAGUUCGACGAGAGGAUGGGCGGCUAUCCCGAGCGCUGGAAGGAUUCCAGCUGCAGGAGCAGCCACAUCCGCUACGUGUGCCCCUGGGACCGUCGCCUGGCUGUGGCCAUUUUGACGGCCAUCAACCUGCUGGCUUAUGUGGCCGACCUGGUGUACUCCGCCCGCCUGGUUUUUGUCAGGGUCUGAGGCUCUGUCCAGGAGCUCCCGAGCCCCUCUUCUUUCCACAGGUGACUUCCCCGAGUUCUGUGCUCCUCUGAUGUCCCCUCUCCUCGGCGGGCAGCUCACUGGCUCCCAUUUCUUUCACCUGCUCUCCCUGCCCCGCGUUCCCUCCGCUCCCUGUGCUGUUCGCUGUCCACGCCCGUUUUGCCUGUGUUUUCGCUCCUUGCCUGCGGGCUCCUUUUCUGGCCAUUAGCCCUAUUUGUUUUCUCACCUGCCUUGUUUUCUGACAACUUCUUCCCGCCUUCCUUCUUCCGAUUUCCUUGGGAGCACUGAGACUUUGUUCACCCCCCCCCCAACUGCCACCCCCAACUCCAAAGGUGCUGAGCUCCACAUCACACACCCCUCGUAGCAGCUGUUCAGACCCUGGGCCUCCUGAAGGGCCUCAUUGCCAAAGCAUGUGCCCACCCUGGCUGUGCCUUAGUAGGGGUGUGUGUGUGUGUGUGUGUGUGUGUGUGUUUUGGGGGUGGAGGGUGGGAGUAGUUAGGGACUGGGCCCCCUUUCUCACAGUGGAGGGGGGUAUACAGUGCACCGCCCCUUUAAGUUAAUAAUAAUAAAAAAAAAUCCCUAGAGGUCAAUCAUUUCCAGUGGGCUGGAGGCUUAAAUCACAGACCCUGGGGGUCCUUAGGCCCCUCCUGGCACCCAGCCUCGCCAGAAUUUUUGCCACGCUUACUAAAACCCCCUGCCUGGAGGCUGUCUUAAAGUAAGCAAACGGCGAGGGCUGCCUUCCAUCCCAGAUACUGCUCUCUGGGCGUCAAGGUGCGUGCAGCAUCUGUGAGGGGCAGGGGCGUGGGGCCCCAGCCUCGGUAUUGAAAGAGCAGGUACUGCCUUGUUGGGAGAAGGAAAUGGCCUUAUCGGCGAUGUUAGCCUGCGUUUUUUCCUUCUUGUCACAGGGCAAACAUGACUGGGUGGUUCUGUUCUUAAAAGGGAAGUUUCCUUUUUUUUUUUUAAUCUGUGGGUGCGUUGGGUAGGUGGGGAUCGCUGUCACCGAAGUCAAAGGAAUCUCGCCGCUUGGGCGUGUGAUACCCACUCCCAUGUUUCUGUGCUAGCUGCUUCCUGCUGCUUCUGCCUGCUUCUCCGGGACUCACAUGCAUAACAUGAUAUAUAUAUAAAUGUAUAAAUAUAUAUUUUAUUUUUUUUUAAUUCCCUGGAGCUUCUGGUUCCCAUCAGCCCCUGCUGUCAAUUAUAGAAGGAAGCCUUGUCCCUUCCCCCACAUCCAUAAUGUUCUGUAUUUUAUUUUUUACCUCAAUAUAAAGAUAAAAGGAAUA